AUGUCAGCAUCAGGAUCGUACAAACAGCUGACGGCGCUGUUGCGCUCGCUUCGGGUGGGAUCGAGUAGCUCGGCUUGGUCGAUCGCUUCGUCGUCUACAUCUCGACGAGGCUUUUCUUCGUCUCGGGCCCAGCAUCAACCACCGACGUUGUCCUCAUCAAAAGCAGCGUCGAACUCUCAACAACAGCGAUCCGCAACAUAUCCCUUCUCAUCAGCCGCGCUCAUCCCCGACGUUCCAGCAUUUGUCUCGACCAAACAGGGUAUCACACCUCCUCCAGAGCCCAAGACAAUUUUUGAUGCCGUCAUGCCACGCGUGCAUUCGGAUCUUCGAGCGCGCUACGAUCCAGGCAACCGUCUGACCAAGCUCUUUGACCGCAAAUCUGCGCAUCGUAUCCCACCCGGUUCGGUGCUCAUCGUCGAGUCAUGGACUUCGCCGCUGAAAACCAACUUUUCCUCGUUCUCCGGUGUGCUCAUUGCCGUCCGGCGUCGCGGAGUAUCGACGUCGUUUGUGCUGCGUAACCUGGUGCAAAAGCUGGGUGUGGAGAUGCGUUUCAACCUCUACUCGCCCCUGCUCAAGGAUGUACGCGUGAUUCAGAAGGCUGAGGCGGGCAAGAACGACAAGUCGGGUAAACUGAGGAGGACCAGGAGGGCCAAGCUGUACUACUUGAGAAAGGACGACAGGAGGUUAGCCGGUAUCGGAAAUGUGAUCAAGCAGCAGAGGUUGCACGAGGAAAAGAAGGCACACGAGAUGGCAAAGCGUCGCGGUAGUCGCAGAUGA